ACUAUGUAUGUGUAUGUGUUUCAGAAAAAUUAGGUCUAAACAGAAGGCGGCCAGGAAGGGAGGAUUUGUAAGAAUGUUGAAAGAUCAGGAGAAAGAGUUUGGAAUAGGAGGCCAUAACAAAACCGGUUUAUUUGAUCUUCCGGAGGAAAUCAUUCAUCAGAUUGUUUCUUUCCUCUCCCUGCAAGAUCUUUGUCAGGUUGGAGCUACUUGCAGAUAUGCAUAUGGACUUACGCACAAUGAACAGUUUUGGGCAUUUCAGAUGUUAAAGGAUUGUAAACUGCUUUAUAUCCCUGAACCAAGUGGGCUUAAAGAUUGUUGGCCCAACAAGAAGUUUCCAGUCGACGGUGUACUUUGUGACCCUAAUCUCCAGGGGAAUCGUGAACUGUUUAUUAUCUAUUCCGCAGAAUUCAGAAGAAUGACACGAGAAAAAUGGAACAAGAAGAAAAGAAAAGAUCCAUUCCGAACAAUGUUGGAAUCCAACAGUGUAGUCAAGGAUAUUUUACCAAGGUUGCUAGCAUUUUACGUGAACUUGCCUCAAGAGGAGCAGUGCAGUGCUCGGCUUGUUCUAUUCGGCCCUGGAAUAGAAUCAGAAAGAACCCAAGAUUUAGUUCAUAAAAUUGUCAACGCUCGUAGCAGUACAUUCGAUGCAGUCGAGUUCAUUCGAGGCCUUCAGGGAGGAGUGGGUAGUGGAGUAAGAAUAAACUACAAACACAUGUACAACUUUGACCUUAUGUGUCUUUACACAAAUAGACAGAACGAACGCCUUUCAAACAAAGGGGAGACCCGGCUUAAUCCAGUAUCAAAUAUAACAAUUAUAAAAGACAGCAGUGGAAAUCUAACAUUAAGACCAGAGAUAGUAAAACUGCUUCCAACCCUGCAUGCUCUUGUAUUUGCUCUCGACGUAACACUAGAGGAGGAAGACGUGAUGAACUCCCUUGCAUUGAUGAGGAAGGAACUCGAUAUACUUCUUCAGGGUUUAAGUACGUUCAACAUGACUCUACCCCUGGUUGUGAUGGCAUGUAGUGAAGGUCAGCGAAGUGCCUGUAUACCUGUACAAGAUAUUAUUACAGGGCUUCAGCUGGAACAAUUCAACUUUGCAUGGGGCGUGUGGAAAGUUGAAGUGGAGAAUAUGCGAGGAGCAGAAAAAGGGUUUGAUUGGGUUCUACAUCAUCUGAGAAAGAAGAGAAAGGAUUGGAAUUAUCAUACCUUGCAAGGGCAGUAUUCAUAUCCUCACUAAGAGGAUACAAUGUUCCAUAGAGGAAGAAAUAUGAAGAACUCUCAGUAAUUACGUUAAAGACGAGUUUUUCUGAGAUCUAGUCCACAGUGUCUUCAUAAAUUUAAUCUAAGAAUACCUUCUACAAAACAAAAAUGCAGUAUUUUCCACCCAAAGAAUGGCUAAUUUCUAAAAGCAGUUGAUUUGAAUAAUUAGUUGCCGUUUUAACUAGAUAUCCUUGUCUGGCACUUCUGCUAAGGUACUUUGAAAAUAUAUAAAUAUAUAAAUUUGCAAUUUG